AAGGCUUCGGCGAUACGCGUCUGCAGCAGCAGCCGAAACCACUGCCAUAACUACCGGCCUGCGAACGGCGGCGGCAGAUGAGGCGGUGACAGGGGCGUGGGUGGGGGGGCUGCGAGUGCUAGUGGUUGACGACACGCCUGUAAACCUCCUCGUGGCCCGCCGCUCCCUCGCCAACUGGGGCGCCCGAGUCACCACCGCCUCCCGUGGGGAACAGGCGAUAGAGUUGAUCGCUGCUGGGGUGGAGGGAAGUAGAGUUCAGGAGGAGGGGAGAGGGGAGGAGGGGGCGAGUGGGAAGCAGGAGGCAAGAGAGCAGCAGGAGGCGAGAGAACAGCAGGAGGCGAGAGAGCAGCAGGAGGAUGUGUCCCUGCAGCAUGCGUUCGACUUGGUUCUCAUGGACCUGCAGAUGCCGGGCAUGGACGGCUUCGCAACAGCAGCAGCCAUACGGGACCUCGAGAGGAGAGUGGAGUUUGAAGCCAUUUCACGAGCACAGCAGUUGCAGCAGCAGAGGCAUCAUCAAACCCCUUCUGCUCUGCCCGUCCCUUCCCUAGAAGCUUCAAACCCUGCUGCUGCCCCUGCUGGGUGGCCUGUCUCCCUGCGGGUGCCCAUAGUGGCUCUGACAGCCGACGUGGAUCGCGGAGUGGUGCAGAGGUGUGCAGAGGGGGGGUUUGACGGUGUGCUGCAGAAGCCAGUGGAUGCCCACCUGCUCGCCGCCCACCUCUCCCACAUGCACUUCCACCGCUCUCUUCGACGCAGUAGCACUCACUCCAGCAGCAGUAGUCGCUCGAACACUCACACGCUCACACCCCUUCCACAAACUCACUCUUUGCUGGCCGCCCACCUCCUGGCCGCCCACCUCCUGGCCGCCCGCCUGCUGGCCGCCCACCUGCUGGCCGCCCACCUCCUGGCCGCCCACCUGCUGACCGCCCACCUCAACCAAAUGUACUUCCACCACUCCCACACAAACUAUUGA